AUGGCCUUGAUAUCGCCACGCGGGUACGAUCCCGUUCCCGAAGGGUCGUUUUGCUCAGAGGACCACCUUCUAGGCGGAGACGGAUCGCCGGGAAGAUUGAAAUAUGUUGGUCACGGACGAGGGGCCUUUGCGAAGGUGGACGAUGUGAAGUUCGUGGGUGAAGGCAGAGGUGACUACGACGUCGUCCAAGAAAGCAGCUGGUGGCGAAGGUGCUUGUGCUGGACUUGUUGCGUCUGCUUGCUGAUCUCGCUGCUGAUUGCAGCAAUCACCGCAUCGCGACAGUUUUACCAGCAUGCAAUGGACGCAGGAAUGCCCCGCUACAGUUGUUACAACAGCGACGGCAACCUACCACCUCCCAAUGCGCGCAUGAUCCAGACGUGGUCCGUGCCGCAUCGCAUUUGGUGUUGCGACAAUGUGGGAGUCGGAUGCGAGACCAGCACUAGUCUUACAACAACUCCCGUGCCGACUACGUGGAUCAUGGUGCCAGUUCCGGACUUCCAUGAGGGUUUCUUGGCGCCGCAUGCACAAGCUGCGCAAGGCGGACCUCCGGUUGUGCCUUUUGCUAUGCAGUUUCAUUGCCACGUGGGGAUUCCAGACACUUGGUCGUCGACGCAGAAAGCUUUCUGCUGCGAGCGAGUGCAAAUUGGUUGUCCAACUCCACAGCCUCCCCCAGUUCCACCGGAACCAGACUGCUUUGCAGAAUUGGUCCGUGUGAUGGCACCUAGUAUCGCUUGCCUCGCGUGUCUCGCUCCCCUUGUGGUGCAUGUUUGCUGCACAUCCACGGAAUUCUCGAGCGAGGGUGCUCUGUUGCAAGGCUUGGAGGACCCCAAUACUGAGCAUGCCAUACUGUCAGACAGCCUACAGUGGAUGCGGACAUGUAUUGCCAACAGCUGGUGGAAGGCUGCCAGAGCCAUUGUGUCUCGCACUCACGCCCAGAAAUCUCCAGAUGCUGCAUCAUCCACACUAGCCUCCCUGAGCUCGGAGGUUCGCGCCUUAGUCAAAGGCGUAAAGCAGCAGGCGGACCAGUUUGCCGAGUACGCAGACGACACAUUCCGCGGGCAUAGACAGGGCUUAGAUGACGUGCCUUGCGCGUUGCAGUGGGCACAGAACUCCACAACAGUCUUUUUAGCUGUGAAGUAUGCCAGUCGCUGGUCAGCUCCUGGGGCCAUCGAGAUAGCAGAUGUGAACGUGAACAUCACUGCUGCUGCUUUUGCCUUGUCUGGCUUCGGGCACCACUCCAGCAUCCGGAAACGCUACUUUGUUGACUUGGCGCUUUAUGCGGACGUGCUGCCAAGUCGCAGUACAUGGUCGGCAGCUUCGGUCGGCCGUGCCACCGCCACGAUCCAGAAGGCCCAAGCAGGCAAGUGGAGCCGCCUCACCAAAGCCAAGGACAAGUCGAAGCACCAGAUCACCAGCUGGCUCGACAUGGAGGAGCGCUGGUCUGAAGAGCUGAAGAACCCUCAGCCUCGCCCGGAAGCAAAGUCGACGGAGCCCAAGGCAAAGGUGGAGACGACAACUCCUGCACCCGCGAGCCGCGAGAAGGGGCAGCGAGUCCACACACCAAUGUACAAGAAAGUGCAGCGGCAGCUGCAUAAACAGAUGAAGCGAAUGUCGAAGUUCUUCAGCAGAGGCUUGCCCUUCGUGGCGAUUAUCUUGGGCAGUAUUCUCGUGGGGCUCGCCUUUAAGAGCUACUUCGCUCCCGCUGCUGAGACGGACGAGACGUCCGAGCCGCAGCUUGAUGCUGUCGUGUCUUCGGGCAACAAUCCUUUGACUUGGCCUCCUGUCAAGCAAGCUUGGUGCUGCGAGCACCAUCAGACUGGAUGCAUCAAGGAAAGCGGUUUCCACUGCGACGAAGGCGAUGCAAGUGCCUGGGCCCAGGACAAGAGGGCGUAUUGCUGCACGGCCGCUGGCCUGGGCUGCACUACUCAGAUGCCCCUGGAGGGGCAGAUGUUCGACUGCACUGAAGGCUAUGCGAAUUGGCCCGAGUGGCCGAUCAACAAACAGUCUUGGUGCUGCGAGCAUCACUCACGUGCAUGCCCCUCAGAGGACAAGCAGCAGUAUGAAUGUAGCACAUCCGAGAGCUCGUGGAUCAGCGAGCAGAGAGAGUGGUGCUGUCUUCACCAUGGAAAGGCAUGUGCUGAGUGA